AUGAGGUUCCGCGAUUAUGCCAGUACUGUCAAUAACCAUCUGGAACAGGGCCUUCUGCCGGAAAGCCAAUGCGGCUUCCGUCGUCAUCGUGGGACCACGGAUAUGAUCUUCGCCGCCCGUCAACUUCAGGAGAAGUGUCAGGAGAUGCGGACCCACCUGUACUCUACCUUCGUGGACCUGACGAAAGCCUUCGACACGGUGAAUCGUGAAGGACUGUGGAAGAUCAUGCAGAAAUUCGGCUGUCCGGAGCGAUUCACUCAGAUGGUGCGUCAGCUGCACGACGGUAUGAUGGCGCGAGUCACGGACAACGGAGCUGUCCCAGAGGCAUUCACAGUGACCAAUGGAGUGAAGCAGGGCUGCGUACUGGCGCCUACCCUCUUCAGUCUUAUGUUCUCUGCCAUGCUGAUGGACGCCUACCGCGACGAACGCCCCGGGAUCCGCAUCGCCUACAGGACGGAUGGUCACCUCCUGAAUCAACGGCGGAUGCACUUCAAAUCGCGCGUAUCCACAACCACCGUGCACGAACUCCUCUUCGCCGACGACUGCGCCCUGAACACCACCUCGGAAGAGGAGAUGCAACGGAGCAUGGACCUGUUCUCCGCCGCCUGCGAGAACUUCGGUCUGGUCAUUAACACGCAGAAGACGGUGGUGAUGCACCAACCGCCACCCAACUCAGCCACAGCCCCCAACGCGUCGCCGCAAAUCAGCGUGAAUGGGACCCAACUGCAAGUGGUGGAGAACUUCCCGUACCUGGGCAGUACUCUCUCCCGCAACACCAAGCUCGAUGACGAAGUCGCCAACAGGAUCUCGAAAGCCAGUCAAGCCUUCAGUCGCCUCCAAAGCACAGUUUGGAAUCGUCAUGGUCUCCAACUGAGCACGAAGCUGAAGAUGUACAAGGCCGUCAUCCUGCCGACACUACAGUAUGGGGCGGAGACUUGGACGGUGUACGCAAAGCAGGUACGCCGUCUGAACCACUUCCACCUCAGUUGUCUUCGUCGCAUACUGCGGCUGAACUGGCAGGAUCGAAUCCCGACAUUGAUGUGCUGGAACGGACGGGAAUCCUCAGCAUCUACGCCAUACUGAGACAAAUGCAGCUGCGCUGGAGCGGCCACCUGGUGCGCAUGGACGACGAGCGACUACCCAAACGACUCUUCUACGGAGACGUCGCGACGGGUUCUCGCCGUCAAGGAGGCCAGAUUCGCCGUUACAAGGAUACCCUGAAGUCCUCCCUGAAAUGCCUGCAAAUCAACCCCACCAACUGGGAGGAGCUCGCACUCGAUCGACCGACCUGGAGGAGGACAGUGAAGACAGGCGCUGUGAUCUACGAAGCCAACCGCAUCGCUGCCGCCAAAGCGAAACGUGAAGCCCGCAAAUCACAACUUCGCCCAGUAAGCAACGCCGCCGCACAACCGCUUCUAACGUGUCCUCGAUGUCAACGGACAUUCCGGGCUCGAAUCGGACCUUUUGGAAAUCUUCGGAUUAACUGCGCCUCUCGAACGGCACCAACCAUCGUCCCCCCGCCUGCCUCUUCCUCCUCCUCCUCUCCGCCGCCAACUAACUCUGACAAUUCUUCUGACCCACCACUUCCAUCAUCCUCCUCCUCCUCCUCCUCCUCCUCCUCCUCGCCCACUGCUCCAACGGCGGCCGCUCAGGCGACUGUCCCACGCACAGCAACCGACACUACCACCACCUCCCCCGACUCCAGGGAUGAGGAUCAGGACUACACCUGCCCUCACUGCGACCGUACCUUCACCUCACACAUCGGCCUGGUCGGUCACUUGCGAAUCCAUCGCACAGAGACUGGCGAACCAGUGCCUGGAGCACCCACCUAUACCCACCAAGCUCGUCUCAACUGCCCACACUGUCCUCGCACUUUCAGGCAUCGCAUGAGCCUAUUCGGCCACAUGCGCAUCCACGACGACCUGCGGUAG